AUGCUAGGCUUGAGACCCCGAACGCCUUUGCUCAGAGCUCGUCCGUCCUUUCGCGAUCUCGUCGCCAGCCAACAGACCGAUCCCACUAAAUCCCGACCCACGACUAGCUCCAGCGAGCAGCGUCCACACAGCAACAGCAACCCAUUCAGCACCAUCAACUCCCGCCCUUUCACGCCACCCGAAGCUGCAGUAGCACUUCCCGCGAGCCCAGAGCUGCCACGAACUCCGCUACCAUCUCCCAUCACCGCCAUCGAGUUUGCGUCAAUAGAGCAAGAGGCGGGUCCGCAUUCCAUUGAGCAGCAGGCAGAGGAAGAGCUUCGAACAGACGAAACAGCUGCAGAAACACCUUCACACACCACCGCCAAGAUGCCUCCCAAGAAGCAGCAGCAGAAUGGCGAUGAGGAGGAGUCGCAGCAGGGCUCCAUCUUCUCCGUCUCUGGUCCCGUCAUUGUCGCCGAACACAUGACAGGAUGUGCCAUGUACGAACUGUGCAAGGUCGGCGCCGACCAGCUGAUUGGAGAAGUCAUCCGUAUCGACGCCGACAAGGCCACCAUCCAGGUCUACGAGGAGACUGCCGGUGUGACCGUCGGUGACCCAGUCUACCGCACUGGAAAGCCUCUCUCAGUCGAGCUUGGACCUGGUCUGAUGGAAACCAUCUACGACGGUAUCCAGCGUCCCCUCAAGGGCAUCAGCGAUGUCUCCAACAGCAUCUACAUCCCACGAGGUAUCGCCGUGCCCGCUCUGGACCGCAAGAGGAAGUGGAAGUUCACCCCAAGCGACAAGUUCAAGAAGGGCGACCACAUCACUGGCGGCGACAUCUUUGGAACUGUAGAGGAGAACAGCCUGCUUAGCGAUCACAAGAUUCUGCUGCCGCCGCGCGCAAGAGGUACGAUUACGGAGUAUCCAAAGGCGGGCGAGUACACUGUGGAUACGGAGCUGUUGGAGGUUGAGUUUGAGGGCAAGAAGACAAAGUACACCAUGAUGCACCAGUGGCCUGUUCGUGUACCACGACCUACCACCGACAAGCUCAGCUCUGGCGAUCCAUUCAUUGUUGGACAGCGUGUGCUCGAUGCUCUCUUCCCCGGUGUGCAAGGUGGUACUGUCUGCAUUCCUGGCGCUUUCGGAUGUGGCAAGACUGUCAUCUCGCAGUCUGUGUCCAAGUUCUCCAACAGUGAUUUGAUCGUUUACGUGGGCUGCUUCUCCGCGGGAACAAUGGUCAUGAUGGCCGAUGGAGACUCCCGAGCGGUAGAGAACAUUACCGUCAACGACGAAGUCAUGGGCAAGGACGGGACGCCUCGCAAGGUUGUGGGUCUCCCGUCGGGAACGGAGACCAUGUACGAGGUCUCGGUCAAGACUCAGCACAAGAACGAAACCGUUAGUGAGGUUUCGUUCAAGUGCAAUGCCUCCCACCUCCUGGUCCUGACCACGCCGCAGUAUAUCCGCCAAACGGAUCACAUCAUCCGUGGGAAACACCAGACCUCGGUGACCUAUUUCGAUUGGGCCCGGCUGGAAGUCCCGUCCCAGCCACGAUCUCGCUCUGUCCGCCUGCUCAAGCUAUUCACUCGUAGCUGGGACCAUAUCACUCAUGGCGGUGCUGGGGCUGCGCACACCAAAGCUGCGACCUUCAAGACCACGAUCCCCGCUGGUCCCUUCGAGUGGACCCUCCAGGCUCAGGACCACUCCCUGCUGGGCACACACGUUCGCAAGGCCUCCCAGCAGACCUUCUGUCCCGUCUUCCUCGAGAGGAACCACUUGAGCUCGAUGCUCGAGCAGUCCGGUGCCAAUGCGUCCCACGCCGGGCAGAUGGCCUACCUCCUCGGGUUCUGGGUGGGCGAUGGGCAUUAUGACAGGGCCGUGUUCUCCGUGGACCCUCGGGACUCUGCAAUUCGUGAGCAGAUCAAUGCCUACGGGGGCUUUUUUGGGCUGGAGGUCGAUUCGCGCGAGUACAAGAAAUACCGGUACUCUACUGCUGGAGGCUCUUCUGGGACCGCUCGCCAGCCUUUGGGGACCUUGUCGGGAAAUGUUACCAAGGUCGAAAAGGAAGGCUUCCUUGGAAACGGCGACGAGUCUGUUAGUCUGCGGCCCAUAGGCUUCGACCCGGAAGCUCCCACUGGAAAGCGCAAGGCCCUAAACACUGGGAACGUCUUUUGGGAAAUGGUCAUGCUCACGGGUGUACGUGGGACUGACGACGAGCGCAAGAUCGUUCCGGCCUGGCUCAUCUCUGAGCCCUUCGAAGUCCGCGAGCACUUCCUGGCGGGACUGAUCGAAUCUAAUGGACACGUCAACCAGCAGGACUUGAGCGCCACCGUCAAGACCAUCUAUACCACGGUCUGCCAUGGUUUGGUCCAGCUUGCCCGCUCCCUGGGACUUCGUGCCUCGAUCUGCGUCGAGAAGGCCAAGGUUGUUCGCAAUGUCUCCCACAAGACUUCCUAUGCCGUCUACAUCUCCGGGACUCCUGGCACUGGAGUGCUCGAGUCGGUCUUGAGCAAAUGCGCUCUCGCCCGCAAGACGGCAGCCGUCCCGGCGUCUGUAGUUCGCGAUGGGCAGAAGGUAUAUUUUGAGGUCGCGAAGCUCCCUGCCGACUCCUAUUACGGCAUCACUCUCGAGGAUGCUUCUGACCACAAGUUCCUGUUGGGGAACACUAUGGUCGUCCAUAACUGCGGCGAACGAGGAAACGAAAUGGCUGAAGUGUUGAUGGAUUUCCCAGAGCUCACUAUCGAGUUCGAUGGCCGCAGAGAGCCCAUCAUGAAGCGUACAUGCCUGAUCGCCAACACAUCCAACAUGCCUGUGGCCGCUCGUGAGGCCUCCAUCUACACUGGAAUUACCAUCUCGGAGUACUUCCGUGAUCAGGGUAAGAACGUCGCCAUGAUGGCUGACUCCACCUCUCGCUGGGCUGAGGCUCUUCGUGAGAUUUCUGGUCGUCUCGGAGAGAUGCCUGCAGAUCAGGGUUUCCCAGCCUACCUCGGUGCCAAGCUCGCGUCCUUCUACGAGCGUGCCGGCAAGGUCAUCGCUCUCGGCUCACCAGACCGCAAGGGUUCCAUCAGUAUUGUCGGCGCUGUAUCACCACCAGGUGGUGACUUCUCGGAUCCAGUCACUUCAUCCACUCUUGGUAUUGUACAGGUCUUCUGGGGUCUCGACAAGAAGCUCGCCCAACGGAAGCAUUUCCCAUCGAUCAAUACCUCCGCCUCAUACUCCAAGUACACCACCACGCUGCAAAAGUACUACUCCGAGAACAACCCAGAGUUCCCACAAUACGCCAACCGCAUCCGUGAGCUGCUCUCCGCAUCCGAAGAACUCGACCAGGUCGUACAGCUUGUCGGCAAGUCUGCACUCGGUGACUCCGACAAAAUCACCCUCGACGUUGCCACUCUGAUCAAGGAAGACUUCCUGCAGCAAAACGGUUACUCAGACUACGACCAGUUCUGCCCACUCUGGAAGACAUCAUGGAUGAUGAAGAACAUGAUGUCCUACCACGACGAAGCACAAAAGGCCAUCAGCCAAGGACACAACUGGGCGAAGGUCAGGGAAGCCACGAAUGAAAUCAAGAAUGACCUUACGAGCAUGAAGUUUGAGCUGCCGACGGAUGGGGAGGAGACGGUUACGAAGAAGUACGAGGAGAUUUUGCAGAAGAUGCAGGAGAAGUUUGCGAGUGUUAUUGAUGAGUGA